CGAGAAGCAGGUUACUGCCUCACUCCAUCACAGCCACUUCCUCUUGAACCAAGGGAGGCAGGGCUUGUCUUCUCUCCUCAGAGGCGAGUCUGCGAUCUUCCCAGUACAGAAGUUUGGACAGAGCAGACUCCUAAGGUCUCCAGAAUGCCCAUCCCAGCCUCCUGGCCCCACCUUCCUGGUCCUUUCCUGCUGAUGAAUCUACUGUUGGGGGGACUACCAGGAGUGUUGGGUGAGGAGGAGCUGCAGGUGAUUCAGCCUGAGAAGUCCGUGUCAGUCACAGCAGGAGAGUCGGCCACUCUGAACUGCACUAUGACCUCCCUGAUCCCUGUGGGGCCCACCCAGUGGUUCAGAGGAGCUGGACCAGGCCGGGAAUUAAUCUACAAUCAGAAAGAAGGCCACUUUCCCCGGGUAACACCUGUUUCAGACCCCACAAAGAGAAACAACAUGGACUUUACCAUCCGCAUCAGUAACAUCACCCCAGCAGAUGCCGGCACCUACUACUGUGUGAAGUUCCGGAAAGGGAGCCCCGAUAUGGAGUUGAAGUCUGGAGCAGGAACUGAGCUGUCUGUGCGUGCCAAACCCUCUGCCCCAGUGGUAUCGGGCCCCACAGUGAGGGCCACAGCUGAGCACACAGUGAGCUUCACCUGCGAGUCCCACGGCUUCUCUCCCAGAGACAUCACCCUGAAAUGGUUCAAAAAUGGGUAUGAGCUUUCAGACUUCCAGACCAGUGUGGACCCUGCAGGACAGAGCAUGUCCUACAGCAUCCGCAGCACAGCGAGGGUGGUUCUGACCCGCAGAGACGUUCACUCUCAAGUCAUCUGCGAGGUGGCCCACGUCACCUUGCAGGGGGACGCUCUUCGUGGGACUGCCAACUUGUCUGAGGCCAUCCGAGUUCCACCCACCUUGGAGGUUUUUCAACAGCCCAUGAGGGCAGAGAACCAGGCGAACGUCACCUGCCAAGUGAGGAAGUUCUACCCCCAGAGACUACUGCUGACCUGGUUGGAGAAUGGAAAUGUGUCCCAGACAGAAACAGCUUCGACCCUCACAGAAAACAAGGAUGGUACCUACAACUGGAUGAGCUGGCUCCUGGUGAACACCUGUGCUCACAGGGAUGGUGUGGUGCUCACCUGCCAGGUGGAACAUGAUGGGCAGCCAGCGGUCAGCAAAAGCCAUGCCCUGGAGGUCUCAGCCCACCAGAAAGAACAGUGCUCAGAUACCACUUCUGGCCCAGUACUGGCUCCCACUGCUCCACUUCUCAUAGCUGUCCUCCUGGGCCCCAAGGUGCUGCUGGUGGUUGGUGUCUCUGUCAUCUAUGUGUACUGGAAGCAGAAGGCCUGACUCUCCUUCCCUCCUCCCCUGCCUCAUGGGACCCCCAGUCUCUGCUGCCUCCUUCCUUCCUUGAAGGGCUCUGACUGAGAGAAGGGGCUGGUGAGAAGCUUCCCCAGACUCAGCUCCAAACGCCUCCCCUCCCAGGACAUCUUACUGCCCACAGGUUCCUGUUGCUCCUUUGCGGAGUCCUUGAUUCUCCACAGCAGUCUUCAUUCAUGGUCCUGAGCAGAAGCCAUGGCAUGGGGCUCUGGGGAGUGACUCAUGACACCUCCCUAGGAUGUGGGAAACACGCCAAAUCUAAACCCAUCAGGACACCUCUCCUCCACCGUCUUGGACUGUCCAUAAGCCACAAACUGCAGUUCAGAUUCUCAAGAGUUAUUCUGCCUUCUGGAUUCCUGCCUACUCAAUUACCCAACCUUGUUGAGAUUCUCUAUUGCCUCCUGAAUACAAAUUAACACUCAUCCUGGUUUUAAGGAGAAAAAAUGAUUCUCCUUCCUCUUUGUUUAAACAUAUGAUAUAGUUUGGAUAUUUUUGUCCUACAAAUCUCAAUGUGAAAUUUCAUCCCCUAUGUGGGAGGUGGGGUCAGGUGGGAGGUGUUUGGGUCAUGGGGAUGGAUUCAUCAUGAAUGACUUGGUGCUAUCUUGGUCUAUUAGUACCCACAAGAUCUGAUUGUUUAAAAGUGCCUAGCAGCUCCCUCUUCUCUCUUUCUCUUCCUUUCUCCCCAUGUUAUGCCAACUCCACUUCACUGUCCACUGUGAGUAGAAGCACUCUGAGGCCCUCCUCAGCAGCAGAUGCAAGUACCAUGCUUCUUGUACAGUCUGCAGAACCAAAAGCCAAAUAAACCUCUUCUUUAUAAAC